UCCACCCACCUCCUCCAGUUGGGAAAAAGAAGCUCGGCGAAGGGAGAAGGGCGGAACGACCCGACGAGGAGAUUGCUUGGUGGGAGGAGUUGGUGAGGAGAGGUCGCGGCCAUGGAGAACCUUGCUCUGCUUUGGGGGAUCAUCGGCCCGGGCGUGUCCGGCGCCAUCUUCGGGGCGGGAUGGUGGUUCUGGGUGGACGCGGUCGUUUGCAGCGCCGUCCAGGUCUCCUUCCUCCACUACCUUCCAGGGAUCUUCGCUUCGCUGGCGGCGCUCAUGUUCAAUUGCGUGAACAAGGAUGAGAUCGGAUACGACUAUUACUCGCCCUACGGUGACGAUUCCGAGUGGAGAGUGAAGCUCUGGCUUUUCGUGGCAUAUGUCGUUUCUUUUGUCUGCCUAGCUGGAUCUGUGGGUUUACUGGUGCAAGACGCACUGACCAACAAGGGCCCUUCUGUCUGGACUGGUGUUGCUGGCGUUCUGCAAUGUGUUCUCGUGUUGAUAAGCGGACUGGUGUAUUGGACAUGCCAUUCAGAAGAUUAAAGGGCUUAAUGUCAUGCGCAGGCUUGCAAAGUUGGUCACAAUCGCGUGAAGAAAAUUAUUUCUGGUAGCAUAUGAUUUUGUGUGAUGGAAAUGGCGUGCACUGUUCACUGCUGAAUGGGAUGACUAGACGUUCCAUCUGUGUAUAUCUGACUUUUGAAAAAUGAUUAAAUGAUGCUUCUUAACACCGUUGCACGUUUUUACCCCAGCUUCUUGCGAGUUGUGAAUCUGUGAUGCAAUCAUGAUCAUGCAAAUCUUGUGGUUAAAA